AUGUACAGCGUAGAAGACCUCCUGAUUUCUCAUGGAUACAAGGUGUCACGAAGUAUCCCAGCGCCCGGCGAGGAUGAGCGCGAGGGCCACCGGCAAGCGAGGAACCGCACCAGAGCUGGCCAGGGCCUGCUGAAUGGGUGUGACCAUGGCCCGGCAGCCCUCCCCCCCCAGAAGCCGUCCCAGGGGAAGGGACACGUGAGCACCUCAGAGAACAGCCACCGCGCUCCCAGAGCCCAUGGAGAGCCCCAGAGCACUUCUUCUCGAGCUUCUGAGCUGGGGUUUUAUCAUCAGCCCGUGCUAAGGUGGUCCUCUCAACCCCAGACUGCUCACGACCACGCCUACUGGAGAAGAAGAGGGCAGGAGGUCAGUGGCCUGCUGGGGCCAAGGGACCGAGAAGAUCUGGAGGUCAGAGGCAUGGCCCAAGCACAAGGUCUGCCCAUCCACGCAAGGGAGGGUCCAUGGGAAGUUGGAGGAAGGACAGAGAAUGUGAUGAAGAAAGCAGUUUGGGAAGAAGAGCUGAGAAUGGCGGGACCUGCCAAGUGGCAGAAUAUAAGCCUCGAGAGCUGGAACCAGCCAAGGAAAUUAGGGAGGCAGAUGUCCGAUGGUGAUGGGGAGAAAUUAUUUCAAGAUCUGUACCCAUUCAUGCAAGGAGAGCAGGCAUUGAAUUCCCAAAGCAAAGGGAAAUCCCAGUCCCUGCCCAGGGUUCUUUCCUCCGAGAGCCUGAGUUGCAUGGACAUCCCCAUUCCAUUAAAUGAUGGACAUUUUCCAGGUGUUCCUAAAAUCCCAUUUUAUCCCCCAAAUUGUGCACCAAAUUUGGAAUCCACAAGGAACCCUGAGAAGAGCGGCUCCUCGGUCCCUUUACCCCGGCCCAAGUUUGGGCGACCCCUCAAGCCCCCGUCCUACGACUCUCACCAGCACUCCAGGGUGGGAGUGGAGAACAGCGACUCUCCAGUCAGCCAGCAGGUAGACCUGUGUGUCUCCUACUUGAGCAGAACUCACGAGCCCAGGCUGGAGCUGUGUGCAUCUGACUCCGGUUUAGAGCCUCCGGUGUACGUGCCUCCGCCAUCGUACCGGUCACCGCCCCAGCACAUCUCCAACCCCUACGUGGAGGAUGCAGCGCCCAGGCCCGAGUGCGGUGGUCCCCGUCAGCAGCAGCAUCCAGUGGAGCUGCCGGGCCCGGGUUGUCCGCUUCCUCCCGGCCCCCCGGGACCCGAGAACGAGUAUGGUGUGAGCCCACACUCUCCUCGCGGGGUCCCCCUGCAGCCCCGGCCUACCACCGCUUAUGACAGCUCUGUUCUGUAUAUUCCCUUUGACGACCCACGGAUCCGACAUUUUAAACUGGCCCACCUGCAGGGCUUCUGUCAGGAAGCAACGGCUGAUGGGCAGCCCUACAACCCCAGCCCCGGCGCCACCCCGGCACCUGAGCAUGGACACAGUCAACACGAUGGCACCGUCUCGAGCCCGCAGAGUGCAGUGACGCCGCCAGGCAGUGUGAGUGGCUCCUCCACCACUGAUCCCAGUCCCCGGUGGCUGUGGGGCCCGCGCCCCAGGGAUGCAGAGAGCAGCGGCUUCCCUGAGCAACGAGACCAUGGGGCCAUGAGAGGACAGUGGCCUACCACGGGGGGUGGCCAGCAGGGACACACAGAAGGCCCAGCCUCCUCCCCCAGCCCGCAGGGCGAGAGUACCUGGGAAACUCGAACCAAGCUCAAGAAAUUUGAAACUGGGAUUCUGACCAAGAAAAGUUCAAAGAAAAAAAUGAACGAGACGAUAUUUUGUUUGGUUUCCAUCCCAGUUAAAUCCGAAUCGCAUCUGCCAGAUAUAGAUAGGAACAACAAUGACUUAAAACAGAGCACUGGUAAAAAGAAUGGGCUUGAUAAGAGCCUGGCUUUGCAAGAACAAAGUCUGCUGAGCACGUCUUCCACCGACCUGGAGCUGCAAGCUCUCACAGGAAGCAUGGUUGGGAGAACAGAGUUCCAGAAACAAGAUCUGGGGGAACCAGAAGAAGGCAAACAAACAAAUGACCUCAGAUUCAUUCACCCUACAAAACACAGAGAGCUCAAGUAUUCUGGCUCGUGGCCAGGACACCAGUACAGAGAUCAGCAAACACAAACCACUUUCACCGAGGACUCCAAAAGCCCACGGCCCCUCUCUGCUGAGAAGCUGGGAGGGUCCCCAAAAGCCGUACUGACUCCCAGACUUCCAGACCCCCUGGCCUCCGAAGCUCACGCGCCCGCGGUGUUAGCUUCCGGUGACCAGAACCAGAGGCCAAAGGCGCCUCCCCUAGAAGGUCAAAUGUCCCUCAGCCCCUCCAGCAACAGCGCUUUCUCAAGGACUACGUCCUGCAUACACCAGGCACCCGCUCCGAAAGCAGGGCCCGGUCGGGCCAGCGCGGAUGGCCGUGGCUGCGAGGCCAGCCCCGUGUCCCGGGGCGAGGUUGUGAAGGGGGAGACCACCGGCCCCUGCAACAGUAAGCAGCUGUUCGGGCAGUUUCUCCUGAAGCCCGUUAGCCGGCGCCCCUGGGACUUGAUCAGCCAGCUAGAAAGUUUUAACAAGGAGCUUCAGGAAGAGGAGGAAAGCGGUCACAGUGGCAGUGACAGUCGCAGUGAGGACAGUGACACAGAGUGGCCAUGCGAAGGCAAGAACUGGGGCUUCGGUGAAGCCAGCCGGGCCUGGAGAGCUGAGGAACCCCGAAGGAGGCCGGCGCUGGAGGAGCCCGGGGCCCGGCCGGGAAGAGUGAAGAGCAAGUCUGAGAGCUGGAGCGAGGAGCAGAAGCCCGGGGGGCCCUGUGUCCUGCCUCAGUCCCCGGGCCCCACGACGGUGGGGCCGGGUGGUGGCAGGGGUGCAGCCUCGCUGUGGGCACACGGAAGCCCGGUCGCAGAGGAGGGGCACCAGGAGGUGGAGCACAGAAUGAACAAGCUAGCUGUCAGCCCGGGUCCGCUGCAAAGAGUGACGUCUUCUAGGUCAAGUGACACAAAACCAGCGCCCUCGUCCGAUCCAGCUGAACCGAGGCAGCCCCAGGGAAGUCAGGAGCUGCCCGGUGUUUCCAUUUCUGGGGAGCUGAGCACAGCACCCCCUCGGCAGGCUGGGGCUGGAGGGGAGAGGAGCCCGCUGCUCCCACUCUCUCUUGCCAGCAAACCCCGAGGACUCUCCGCACCGGACUUGAGGUCUGUGGGGCUGCCACCUGCACAGAAGCCGAGUACCGAUAAGUUAGAUGGGUCUUUAGGAGAAGCGAGUGCAAUAGAGAUCCCCCCGAAUGAGUCCCUUCAAGCGAGGGCUGCGAGGAUCCUGGGCAUUGAGGUGGCCGUGGAGUCCCUGCUGCCGGGCGCCAGGAGAACGGGACAGAACCAGCAUCCCGGGCCUGAUGGAAGUGCCCGCGGGCCGGAGGCCCCCAGGGAGGAGUCUGUGUCCAGCUCAGCCCAGCCGGAUGACCCCUCGGUGUCCAUGGACGCCUUUUAUGGCAGGAGAAAGUGCGGCUGGACCGAAAGCCCUCUCUUUGUCGGGGAGAGGGAGAAUGCCCGUCGGGCUCCCUGGGCUGCUGAGCACUCAGGUGUGGACAGGACUGUCCCCAGCAAGGCCCCGAGCCCCGAGCCUCAGCCCAAUCCCGAGCCUCAGCCCAGCCCCCAGGAGUCCCAGGCCUUCAAUCACAAGGACCUGGGGACAAAACCACCCUUCAGGUCCACUCUGUUCCAUUUUAUAGAGAGGACCCCAAGUGUGUCAGGCUCGGAAAAGAGGCUCAGAAGCACUUCCAAAGUGAUCGAAAGUUUACAAGAGAAACUGGCCUCCCCCCCAAGGAGAGCAGACCCUGACCGCUUGAUGAGGAUGAAGGAGGUGAGUUCUGUGUCUCGGAUGAGGCUCCUGAGCUCCUGGAGCACUGACUCCAUGGAGGAGGCUGAGGAACUGAAGGCCGAGAGGGGCCCCGGGGUGCCACCUGGAGGCCCAGUGUCUCUGAAUGCUGGGGAGCUGUCGCAGAAGGCCGGGCACCCCCCCUCUGUCUCCAGGGGUGCCCCCUCGCUGGAAGAAGACGGGCAUCCGUCGGCACAGAGGGACAAGAAGAACGUCCAGCAGGAUUUCUGGUGCCCAGAUUCCUAUGACCCUAGCAGAGUGGAGAGGGUGUGAGGAGAUGCCAGUGAAGCCCGAGAUCGCUAGAGUUUACUCACCGGGUGUCGUCUCGUCUGGCCUGCCCUCCCGGCUCGCCCGCGUGUAGGCUGGAACCUGCUGGCUUGUAGAUCCCGUCGCAGCCUCUCCCACUGCCACCAAGAAACUCCUCGUCCCUACAGAAUCACUUUGUGGAAAUAAAGCAGUAGUCCAUUGAAACCAUCUGUUUUCAUAAUAUGAAGAGUUAAUACUUCUAUUUAGAAAGUAGAGUCACAUAAACUUUCCGUAAUGAUGGAUUUAGCCAAGCUGGUAAAUAGUUUGGUGUUAAUCUGGUUCUAUGUGAAAAUUCGAACGUGAAUGAUUUUGAAAGGACUGUGAAUGUCAUAAAUUCCCCUGUGCAUCUCCACGGCCUGUGGUCCAUGCUCACAAUAAGGAGUUUGGGACUUGGGCCAACUGCCCGGCGUUCCAGCACUUUGAGUUUAGGGGAAAUGGGAUGAAUAUAUACGACCCAUUUCUAAUCAAUUUGGCCUUCUGCUGCUGCAAGUAACUCUAUUUAUAAGUAACUUGCCAUCAGAGAAUAAAAGCAAUAUCUUUUUAAGUUCCUAAAAGAUUAAAACUUGUACCAUAAUGUACUCAGAGUAUUAUUUAUCUGGCGAUGAAAUACUUUUGAUCAUUCGCAAACACGCCAUCAUCUGCUUUGCCCUCAGUAUUAUCUAUUUUUAUGUUCUGUAUGGUUGUUUAGAAAUUCUUUAUAUGAAAAAUAAUUGCUGGUUUAAAAUAGACCAUUUUAACAAAGUAACUAUAUUUCUUUUUACAAAAAAUGCUAUUUUUCUAUGAUGUAAACAAUUGUGAGGUGGCAGAUUUUUAAGGAAGUAUUAUUUUAUUUAAGAGUCUGUAUCCCUUUGUGUGAGAGGAACCCAGAAAGGGUUCAUGUUUGUUUUAAAGCACACAUCCCUUACCCCCUCACAACUCAGCUCCUUUUCUUUUAUCUUAGAAAGAGAUGUCCAUAUAGACAUUUUACAGGGUUAAUAAAAUGAACUUUUCACAAAGAUGCUUUUGCAAAUGUAGCUGUAAGGUGAUAUUUGAAAAUAACCUGCUCAAAACCAGCCAACAUCCUUGCAACUAUUUUUGCUGCCAUAUCCACUAGAAUUACCAAAAAACAUAGCUUCAUCUCGAUCUGUCUGUGGAGAUCUCCCCUGAGACCAGACUUUCCUCCCCCUGCCCCUUUACAAAAUACUGUCUUUUUAUCUAGAAUGAUCCUUAAUUAUUAGUCUCUGCAUAUUUUUUAAAAGUGCCAGAGACAUUAUAUAUAUGCCAAUACAAAACUACUCCAAGGCCUAUGUAUUCAACUGUGUUUACUAUUGCAGUAGCCUGCACAAAUUUUAUGCAUUUUUAUGCGUUUGCCCCUUCUUUUGAAGUAAGGUAUCUUGUUAGCUAACACUUCCUGAAUGGCUUCUUGUCUCUUUCCUUCCUCUUUCCCUCCCUUUUCUUUCCUUCCUUCCCUCUGUUUCUCCCUCUCUGUUUCUCUCUCUCUUUUUCUUUGAGAAACCACCUUAUCUAUUUUUAGGCGUUUCAAAUUCCUAAAAUAUGAACUGUUGGGUGGUCUGCAAUUUGGCCUGCAAACAACUCUGGCCCAUUUUUAUCUGUACCAUAUGACUUUAUUUCAUAAGAACUUCAUGUCUUUGGACUGUAAUAAACAACACAGAAUCUAAGUAAUUCUGAACAAUCGUUUCAAAUACACUUAUCUGCACUCUUGGUUCUUACUCUUACUUCUUUCCAGAUUUUGGCUCUUGUGAAAGGCUGUAGUAGGCUCUUGCUUUCCCAGCAAAUGAGAUGGGCCAAGUCUCAGCAUUUGGAAUGGUUAGAAACUUUUUCCCAGGAAACAUUUAAUGGGGAAGAGGUCAGUUAGCCUGUUAUAGUUGGUGAAUCACUCAAGUCGUCUACUAGAACCAAACGAGGGUGGCUACCUGGAGGUCUUUG